AUGGCAUUGUCUAGUAGGUUUAAAAUUCUCAUUAAAGAGUUGGGAAAAUGGAGAGAUGCCUUGUCAAAAGUGAUGCACAACUAUAGAAGCAGGGAAAAUCGUACUAAUGAGAUUAUUCAAGCACAUAUGUGGUUCGGUGCAACCGAGGGUGGCAAAAAAAGUUUCAACCAUCAUGAAUGUUGGGAGGUGGUGAAAUAUUGCAAACGCUUCAUAAUUAUUCCCACGGGCCCCGAGGUUAUGUUAAACGAGACGCCACUCCGUGAUUCAAUGACAUCGGAUUCACCUAUCGAUUCCCCUAUGAGUCAAGACUCACCCAUCGAAAAGGAGCCGAGGCCCAUUGGCCGAAAGGCUGCGAAGGCAAAGAAAGCGGGUAAUUCGAGCAAUAAUAAUUCAAAGUUUUUGAAGGAAAUUUCAAGGCAGAACACCAUAAGAAUUGAAAUGGAGUAG